AUGACGGAGAUCAAGGAAGUAGGCUUGGUGGGCAGUGGCCAAAUGGGCUCUGGAAUAGCUCAACUCGCCGCCGUAUACGGGCUCGAUGUGUGGCUACUUGACGCAGAUCCCGUUGCUCUCUCUAAAGCCACAAAAUCUAUUACCACUAACAUCCACCGUCUCAUCUCCAAAGGCCAACUCUCUCAGGCUGCAGGUAAUGAUGCUUUGGGCCGUCUACGGUGUAGCUCAAAUUUGGAAGAGCUGCGUAUGGCAGAUAUUAUUAUUGAAGCUAUCGUGGAAUCCGAAGAUGCGAAGAAAAAGUUAUUCCUUGAACUAGAUAGGAUAGCAAAAAGUUCUGCCAUUUUGGCAUCCAAUACAAGUUCCAUCUCCAUUACCCGCCUAGCAUCUGCAACUAGCAGGCCACUCCAGGUGAUUGGCAUGCAUUUCAUGAAUCCUCCUCCUAUAAUGAAAUUGGUUGAGAUUGUGCGUGGUGCUGACACAUCAGACCAGACAUUUUAUGCAACCAAGGCAUUGGCAGAGAGGUUUGGCAAGACAGUGAUAUGCUCUCAAGAUUUUUCAGGCUUCAUUGUAAACCGGAUCUUAAUGCCAAUGAUAAAUGAAGCGUUUUAUACUCUCUAUACAGGAGUGGCAACAAAGGAGGAUAUUGAUACAGGAAUGAAGUUAGGAACGAACCAUCCAAUGGGCCCUUUACAACUUGCAGAUUUCAUUGGACUGGAUGUAUGCUUGUCGAUAAUGAAAGUUCUUCAUGCUGGCUUAGGGGACAGUAAAUAUGCUCCUUGUCCGCUUCUUGUGCAGUAUGUUGAUGCAGGUCGUCUUGGAAGAAAACGCAGUAUUGGCGUCUAUGACUAUCGUAAUGCAGCUGAACGAAAAGGAGCUGAGAUCCCCCAAAAGCGGAAGAUUGUGCUCAAAAGUAAUAAAGCAGAGGAUAAAAGCCUUAAUGAUCCCAGGCAGGGAAAAGCGAAGGUGAAGGAAGCUGCUGCCAAGGUAGAGGAUGCCAAGGUAGAGGCUGCCAAGGAACAGAAGAAAGACAAUUGA